CUGUCAACUCAACUAAACAAAAGAUAUUCGAAAAGUCAAAAUAAGCGAGUUACUGACUGAAAUAAAAGAGUCUUGACUACAUUCCUCUUCUUUCAGUAGUUUCUAGCUUAUCAAUUUCAGAUUUCCAUGAUUGCAUCAUUUGGAACGAGUAUCAUUACCUGUACGGAGCAAUGUCUAUCAACCCUAAACUCUAAGCCCACUCCUACUAAGUAACUUACUUCCGCGCGCCCCUGCUAUUUCCGUUAACGACCUCCUAUCUUCUGAAACAAGAGACCUAGUACGUACUUCUAGUACGACAAAAAUCCACCAUCCACUCCACAUACGCAUUCGCCAAAAUGAACGUCCCUUCCCACGCCACCUCCUCUGAAGACCGUUUAAAUUUCCAAGACCGUCGUCGAGCCUUCAAGGACACGGCGGCCUUGGAGAAUGAGGCGGUCAGGGAUAAGCGCGACGAAGAUGAAUUUCGCUUACGAAAGGAGGAAAAGCGAGAAAUGAUAGCGUUAAAAAGAAGAAAACUGGAGACCGGGACGUUUCGAGAGGGAGAAGGGUCAUCUCGAGACCCUGGAGUUGGAGCGUGGAUAUCUUCCUCAUCAUCCUCCUCCUUCCAGAACAAUCCCUGUACCUGUUCACCUGAUGUCCGAGUUAGGAAAGGUGCAGCGAAGAAAGGAAUACCACAGUGUAGUCCUAGUUCAGCACUGGUGCCGGGAAGUACCACAGGUAGAAGUGCUAUUGCUGGUACAAGAAUUGGGUCGUCAUCUACGUCGUCGCUGCAAUUACCAGGGUUGGAGAGUAGAAGAGGCGAUGCAUGCGACAGUUAAGGCUGUUGUACCUAAUACAUCUUUGGACGCAUGAUCCUUGAAACGUAUGGAGGAGUAUCCACCUAAGGGAAAAGGACUCCGCCAUACUUUUCAAGGAUGCAGCACUUGGAAGAUGAAUGGCGGACAGCUCUAAGACAGGUGUGGAGGAGUAUCAGCCUCAUUAUCCAUGAUUCCUCCAACUGGAACCUCCUCUUCCUCCACCUACUUUCAACAUCACCCGAACAGUCAGCACCAACCAUUUCAACAUAUGAACUCACACCAAACACCGCCUUUGCACACAGAGUCCAGUCGCAAUGCCAGAAGACGUAGCUCAGCCAGGUUUAACGGCUCUGUUGAUCUCACUGUUAUGCCUUCAGGUACUAGGGAAUUCAUCAUCAUCUCCAAAGUGAUCGGGAAAAAGGGACCCACCAGAUGAUCCCUGCGAUGAAUUCAUCCCGACGAUCCCUGAGAUGAAUUCAUCCCGACACCUCUUCUAACACUGGGAACAACAACAAUGCUCCACUCUCUCAGCACUCGCAGCACUCUUGUCGCCGCUCCGACGUGAGUCCUCUAGAUAACGUCAUCAUGACACCGCAGAUGCGAGACGUGUUGAGCACGUCCGAGCGGAGAGUUCGGGAACACGAAGCGAACUUAUUUCAGUUUAGAGGGAUCCUGAGGAACAGUUUGAUGAACCAACGCGACUGCACGGAAGAGCAGUUGAAGCAGGCAAGCUGUUUGGAGCUAUGUGAUGCGUUGAACAAAUGCAUCGUGUUUAGGAAUGGCGAAGAAGAGCGGGAUGUGCUCUCUUUGGUGCCGAAGGAAAAUUACUUGAAGGAAGAGGUACUACUAGCACUUGAGUGCGCGUGCAAUAUCUGUUUAGCCGAUAGUUAGAUGAGUGCGCGUGCAAUAUCUGUUUCACCGAUAGUUAGAUCAAUAGAUUGUUACAAGUUAAGGUAGCUGGUACUCGUAACAUCAAGUGGCGUUUGCGUUAAAGCUUCAUCGUGGCCUUUUUCCACUCGGCUAAUCAUUAAAAAUCUAAAUGUAAUAAAUAAUAUCACCAGAUCACCUGCGCCGUUUCCGGUCACGCCUCCGCUUCAUCCCUGACAGCCCUGGCAUACGUUUCUGACAUCUUUGACCAUGUCGCUGUCCUAGCAGAGUCCCAGUACGAAGUUCUACAUAAGGAGAUGACGAACUUCACUAACACUUGCUGCACUGGUCCAAUUCCAACUUCUACGGGUCGUGGAAGUAACCAUUUUGGUGGACAAGCAACUGGAGCAGUGUUAUUCCCUUCAUCCGCGGCUUCCGCUAGCGCUGUAGCUGCUCAUGACAUGCAUCAGUCAUCGUCCUCUCCAACUUCGAGAUCUAGAGCAACAGGUGGACCAUCGUCUGCCAGACCAGGUCCCCUUCUCCGCCAGUGGCAACAAUACUCAACAGUUUUGCGCGUUCUCCGCGAGCUCAGGUCAAGACUAACCCCGGAUGAGAAAGGGGGUAGUGCGGCUGCCAGUAGUACGGCUGCGGCUACGGCAGCUAUAGUCUUCGGCGCGUCUUCUGGAGCGAUUACGGCACCAGCGUCGAGUAUGUUGUUGCUGCAGAAUAGUUCUAAUGGUUGUAACAUCAAAGAUGCUGGUGGUCAUGGUGCUGUGGGAAUGAAUGGGUCUUCUAGUGCUGGAUACUUCUUGGUGGGUGUUGGUGGUGCUCAACCCAUUGAGGAAGAGCAAGUCGAUUUACAACCGUCAACCACUGACACAACUCCCACUACGUCUAGUGCAACAACUAGUGCUAGCAUGGAUGGCAACAUAGUAGCUGCUUCCGCAACGGUUCCACUGCUAGUGCACAUCAUGACCAACGCAAACGACCUCAAGGCCCAAUUUGAAGCCUGUUGGAUUCUCUGCAACGUCGCCAGUGACCAGAGCCGAAACUCCGCUUCCUACCUCACGACUCUGUGCCGUCAUGGCGCCCACGAAGGCUUUCUCCAACUUUUGCACUCCGAAGCCGCACUCUCGGUGUGUAUUUGUGAACAGGCAGUUUGGUCAUUGGCGAAUAUUGCGGGUGAGGCAUCGUCUAUUGCGUUUAGGGAUGGCUUGUUGAAUAUGCAGGUUGUGGAAUUGUUGGGGAAAGUCUGCAACGCAACAAGUCAAAUGUCGCAUUGGUCAAAUACAGGGAAGACGAAGGUCUAUUAAGGCUACUGCUAAUCCAUCUCCAUAGGCAUCCCUCAACCGUAUGCGCCCCAUUACAAGGGGAAUACUCACUCAUUUACGCUUGAGGGAUUUGAGAUUUCCACAGGGAUGAACUAGGACACGAGGUCUAAGUCUAUCGAACAGCUUUUUGGGCAUUACAAGUGCUGUGUAGAGGAAAGCCAGCGCCAGCAUUGGAGAAGGUACUCACCAGUUUUUGCCACAACUGGUUCUUCUUUCUUCUGAAAUAAUUUUGCAAAACCUUCUAAGUAUUUAACUACUUACACGGAGAAGCAAUUAUAGCAAUCAUAGCAUAGCUGCUAUGACAAAUGCAAAAAUCACCACCCUCAGGUCGAGGCCUCCCUCUCCGUCUUUGUCGAAGCCAUAGUCCGAAAUUUAGACCUAGAAAUCACCGAAGACGCGGUCAUGGGUUUGAACUCGUUUUUCAGCGCUUCCAAUCCUAAGAAAAUGCUACAAGCAGGACCAACACAUCCACAGGCGGAAUCCGAUGCACGUAGAAGAUAUCGGCUUUUGAUGGAGGUUUCAACAAGCUCAGGGCACGAGGAAGACCACAUGGAUGAAGGUCAAGAUCGAGGAGAUGCAGAUGACAUCAGGAGUAAAAGCAAACCUAGUAGAAGCAGAACAUCAGUUUGUAACCCCUUCGUGAAGACCUUAUGCGAUCUGUUGGUGUCUGGCAUCCCAAAUUCGACGACUUCUUUACUUCCUGGUGGAAGUUCAAGAGCCGCUGGAAGGCCUUUAGUAGAUGAAUCUACUUUACUAGCUCCACCUGGAGGACUAGUGGGCGUUAGAACAACCCGAAACCCUGGAGGAGAGAUACAGUGGUCUCAGGAGAUGAUGUGUGCUACUUCGCAGGAUGAUCAGAUGAUGUCUUCUAGUCAGGGUCAGGGACAGCAGGCGCCGACUCCUGGUGGUGAAGGAAUUCCUGGAGUAGAACAGAACCUCCUCGCACAGCCACAGCCUGAUGUUGGAGGCAGCUUCAACAUUCGAUUUCAGAUCGGAGGUAGUAGCAGCUCUACGGCACAGAAUCCUCAUGUCGGCGGUUCUUCAGGAGUGCCACCUGGAGCAUCUUCCAACAUAGACAGCAGACUAUUUCUAAGCGUCAGUAGUCGCAACAGUGGUUGUAGCCAUAAUAGCGGUGGAGGUGGUCCCCCAAUCAUCUCCAAAGGGAACUUGUCUCUGCAUUCUUCCCCCAUCUCCCCAAUCAUCUUCGCUAGGAAGAGUCAGAGGUCCUUCGGUUCGUCCUUAGGUAGGCGCGGAGGAUGGGCGUCCUGUUCCUCGUUGCCAUUCUCCUCUACACCAGGCAGCGCGUUACACAACAGCCCAGAUCAAAUGCUCAAGGUGAAUCAGGCACAAAGAGCAGCAUCUUCGAUGGGUGGAGGACCUCUAGUAGAUUCUUCAGCUUUCGUUUUGGCAGCAAUAGACAAUAGUACCAUGAACGUGAUGAACAACACGACUGGAGGUCCUGGUGCUAGAAAUAUCGUCCCUAGUUGUACGUCCUCUACUGGGAUCAAUCAUAAACCAGGUGCAGCAGCAGGUGGAGGUGCUCCGCCUCCUCCCACAGCUGGUAGAAGUAGCACAGGCAUUCUCUCGACGCCACCUUCGAAGUCAUCACUACGUGCCAAAUUGAAUCCGGACACGCCAACAGACGGCGCCGGAUCUAGUAUACCCCUUUUAGGCCCCUUAGUAUGCUGCGACAAUGUCGACUUCAACAGCACGAUGAUCAUCUCGUCUUCACGUGAUCACAGAGGUGGAGGUCGAUUGCUUGGUCGUAAACGGAAAAACCACGCAGCGACUGUGUUGAACAAAGAGAAUGAAGGGAUAGCAAACAUCGGAGUGAUUCAUCCACAAAUGAACUCUAACCCUAUAAAUACUAAUAUUAGUAACUCAAUAUUAGGCGGGAUCGGGAUGAUGAGUGUGGACCAUCAACAACUAGUACUGCCUUCUUCCCUACUAGGUUCUGGUGGAGCAGGAGGUUUGUAUGAACUUCCACUGUCAGUAUCGAAUUCCCGGACGAUAACGCCUCCUGCGCCCACGAGACCUGUUGCAUCCAUGAGCCAAGACGUGCUGGUCGGUGAUGAGGAAGUCCUCGGAAGGAGGCAGGAGUCUCACUCUCAACCGCAACAUGUCGGAAACGACCCUGAAGAUGCAGAUCAUAAGAAUAGCUUUUACCAUGGGACUAGAAGACGGAGUAACGCUAAUAGUAGACGGCAAUCGACGUCGAGCCUCAAUGGCGCAGGUGGCCUUGCAAAUGGCCCCGCUGACUGCAGUAGUCUCUUUCAAAGCUGCCUGACCGGUAACAUCAACAGCAGUGCAAGUGAAGUUGACUCCUCGUUCCACCAGGACUAUGCAGGUGGUGGUGGCGGAGGUUGUGGUGUUGGUGCUCGGGUUCAACAUCAACCAGCUGGUACAACUAGUUGUACUACACGACAGGAUCAUCAGAUAGAAAUUAUUCCUGUGGUGGAGGACAACAUGGAGCAAGCGGCGUCAGCUGUUGGCCUAGUGUUGAUGCCUUACGACCAAGGACCGAACCGAGAACAGCUCUUACAGCAGUAUCAAAACGGAGGAGACAACAACUAUGGGUCUAUAUUAAGGCUCAACUUUCAAUGGUCAUUGGGGUUGGUCACUGAGAUCGAAGAGGCGACCCCUUCUCGAGAGAACCAACAGGGGAAAGAAACGAAGGGACGAAAGGGGAGAGCUUUGAAGGGGGUCUCUUCCGUUCUGAGUCGGUGACCAAUGAAUGCUGAGCUUUAACUAUAGCAAACCCUUCUAGCACGCCAGCACUUGCAGCGGACAAUAACCCUCCGCAACAACAAUCAAUCUCAGCUCAACUUCGUAGCCUUGUCUUGCUCCUGUUGGGCACACUAGUGAGAAACGCUCCACCAGACGUCGGCUUUCUUGACGCUUGCGUCUCCAGUGGCCUGACGCAUGCUCUCGGCACUGUGUGGUUGAUUACUGGAGAGUCAACGAGGAAGAAACGCGACAUCGCAAAAAUGGUCGGCGUCCUCGCACAUGGGACACCGGAACAGUGUUUGGCACUCUGUGAGCCGUUAGAACGAGGACGAGGUAGAACUACGAUGAACAAUGUGAAUGUUGGUGCUGGGCGAGGAAGGACAAUAGGUGGUAGUAGUUUAGGUGGUGGACCAAUGGCAAUGCUUCUUGGUGGAGAUCAUGAAGGUCUACAACUAGAGGACAUCGAAGAUGAUAUUGCACAGCCACUACUACAUCUUGAACAAGACGUCGUGAACAAUCAGCGAGGCAUCGAUUUUUUCGACCUUCUCGCUGAAGCUGUGCAGGAAAGACGCUCUAACGUGCUAGCCAAAGAGUGCGUCACUGCGUUUGCUAAUGCCCUCAAAGUUUUACUUCCUCACGCUGUUGAAGUAGAGAAAGCUAGGGAGAUGAAUGGAGUUGAUUUCAACAACAUGACGAUCGUAGGUACAACUGGCCGUGGCACUUCCUCCUCUUCCACUUGCACUCCAUCCUCUUCAUCUACUUGGACAGUCCGGCAAACCAUAGACUACUUUGUCAAAGAGAAGGGCUUUUUCGUCAUCGUCCGAGACUGGUUGGAGUCAGGGGGUACCGAUGACGUCUCGCUUAACUGUCUCUUACUGGACAAUUUAGUGUUAAUUUUCGAAGCAGGUGAGCGACAAUGUCCUUCUACUUUCGUAGAUUUGCCAUCAGGCUGUCAAGCGCCGACAUCGAGCCCGUGCUUGAUCCAUAAAGGGAGGAGUGGAGUGGCAGGGGAGGAAGCAGGGCAGACGAGGGCGGGAGGGUUGUUAUGGCUCAAAUAAGUAAUAGAGGUGAAUAGUAUUCUAGGACUAGGAGAUGUGACACGUGUUAGGUCUCUCUCGCUUGUUUUUUCACUUUUGAACUUUUUCAGGUCUUCUGAGUUGAGUUGUAUGACCUUUCUAACACCUCAAGGGAUGCAACUCGGCGUCCCCUUAGAUGAGAACGCCUUGAUGCAUCAACUCGACAACGCGACCACUAGUGCAGAAAAUGAUAGGAAUUUCGCUUCUCCGGAAAUCACAAGGGGAUUCGGAUCACAAGACCCAUACAUGGUAGAUUCACAGGACAAUGGAAUAGAGGAGAAAGGUGGAGCAGUGGCCAGGAAUGGUGUUGGGGAGAAAAGUUAUGCUUAUGAUUUGUUGAUACAGGGAAGAUACUCAGAGAAUGACCACAAUGAUUCCGGUUUUUGUAGUGAGCUUGUCAUUCACAUUACUUACACACUUCUGCUAAGAUUCCUGGGCUAUCAACACGAGCACGCUUGCACACCGCGGAUUCGAUAGUGGCAGAUCCGACUUGAGUAUGCGGAGUAAUGAGGGAGAUCAUUUAUUCGAAAGAAGUUCUUUUCGUCCGAACAAUCGGCGUACUGGAUUAGUAGGUGGUGGUGGUGGUGCAGCAGAUGGAGGUUUAUUUACGACUAGUAUUAAGGGUAGGUUAAAGGUGCUUUUGUUACCGUUUGUUAUGGCUCUCCUAAGCGGGACGGCCAUAACAAACGGGAUAAACGAACACCAAAAGCCUACCUCUAAUAGUAGUAGUGCAAGAACUGGAUCUGGAGCAAAAGCAAUGGCGGUCCACGAUGUCCUAGACCCUGCUCAGAAGCACAUGGCUCAUGCUAUCCGCGGACGUGCAGCAUGUCUAUCUUCGAUGCAACAUAGUGGUAGUCCUACAACUUCUAGCAGCUAUUCGAAUCCGUACGUCCUCUUAGCUGAGGAAACUGGGUUAGAACAAACGCUGCGUAAUGUAGGAGACAGGUUUUCAAACAGCAAGAUGCCGAAUGACAUGGAUCGGAAAACACAGCGCAUUUUAGAUACCUGGUUUUCCAGAGACGUCGAGGACGAGGUGUUUUCGAAGGAGAUCGAAGUUAUGGGAAGAAAAAAAAGUUAGACAUGUUACUCACAGUCACACACACACACGUAGUUAAUGGACGAGUAUCAAUAUUGAAUUUCCACUUCUGUUUCAUCAUCUCUACCUACUGCUCAGUCGACGUUCUCGUAUUUUUAUAGUUCGAGUUCUUCUAUUUCAUCUUCACGCGACAUCAUAAUUGUGAUCGACAUCGGGGCACAUUCUCUAAUAUCCAAGGUUUCGGCGAAUCUGGAUGCAGGACGCACUUCGAUUUUUCAUGAUGGUGGACUCGCACUUCGAUUUUUCAUGAUGGUGGACUUUUAGUACACACAUUUGUCAUAGAAGAAUCUCGGACAGUACAGGGAGAAGAAUUAAGUGGUCCGCGGCUCAGAACUGAGUGGUCCUCCGCUGCCCCAAAUUGACACAUGAUGAUCGAGAUCCCAGUGUGACUCAACAUUCAUCUAGUGGAAGUAAGUGAAAAUAAUCUCGCAUGAUGCAGCUUUCGCUAACAUUUUUUGUCAUAAAGAGUGCUCCUCACUCCACAAGUCACUCAUUGAGUCUGUCUUCUUAUUCUUAUCCAAUCACAAUCUAAACAUGUCCUCUUCUAUGUCAUCAAAGUCAACAUUCUAAUUGCAAAAUUAUAUCCCAUGUUGAAAUCGAAAUUCGUGAACUACUUCGCGAUCCAGAUUUUUCUAUUUCAAAUAGUAUUGACUUAACCUCCUUUAUUGAAUAAUAGAAGUACUCACAACUACAUCAUCAUAAUCUUCACUUCACUUCUCAGAUCUUUCUUUCAACCUCUUAUCUUCACCAUCUUCUAGUUCUACUUCCGAAAACAAAGGAGAUUAUAAAGCUGUUGAAUGGUGACUACAGAAACCACGACGCGGAAUGAAAACGCCAGUAAGGAAACAGUUUAACUGAAAAAUGAAAUCCAAUCGAUAUUCUUCGGG